CUUCUGGGAGGCUGACCACUCGGAGGACGAUGGCUCACCGACUAGGGACGGAGCGUCAGGGCAGAACUGGGGACGACAGUUCAAAAUCGAAUGGCAAUCAACAAGCCGCUUACCAUUCUACAGGACGAGAGGCCUUCGGAACCCAUGGAACGCAAAUCGAGAAGUCAAGAUUGCCCGCGACGGAACAGAACUAGAGCCAAGUGUUGGAAGACGUCUCAUUUCCAUGUUCCAUAGGCCUUCCCCUUCCCCGUCCGCCGCUCCGAACUCGGCUCCUUUCCGAUAACCACAGAUCUAACAACGCCACGCGCCCUUUACACAACAUUUGCCACCCCCCACCCCGACACUCAUCAGUACCAACUCAAAUCUUUAAAGCAUGGCGAGCGUUGGUCAUGAACUACGAAUACUUUGCAUUGCAUUGCAUUGGGAGGAGAAUCGCACGCAUAAUAACGGUCAUUUUUGGCAUGAGUGAAGCUAAGCCAAGGCUUGGCAAGGAACGAUGGGGAUGGAAGCGGAGGCAGAUGAUACCCAACAUCAAAGAAAGCGGAACGCUUCAACGGCAGGUACGGUACGGGUUGUAGCAGCACGCCAUUCCUUGUUCUCCUUUGGUCGCUUUCUUGUUUAUUCAGGUUCAUCGCAUCUCAGGUUUGUAAUCUUAGGUAUCAGUCAAACGCUUUGAUUGAGAGUCAAAAGGUCGGCGGGAUUGUUGUCUGGAUAGGUUUUUACUGGCUUAACCGGAUAACUUUUCAAAUACCAAUCCACAACGUUACCAAAGACUCAAUUUUGACC